AUGGGGCUCCAAGACCCCAUUGGAGUCCGCACGGCGUUGGAACGGAGGCGAGAAAAGUCCACGAUCCGGCAGCUGUCGACCAACCCCGCCAGUUCGGUCGAUUUCUCGUCCAAUGACUUUCUCUCCCUCGCCACUUCUCCUGAGCUCCGACGGCGGUUUCUCCGCGGUCUCGCUAAUUGUUCCAAGGAACGGCUCGAGACUGGACCUUUGACAACCCAUCUUGGAAGCGGAGGCUCACGAUUAUUAGAUGGCAACUCUUCGUACGCAGAAGCUCUCGAGACCGAGAUCGCGGCCUUCCACAAUGCUCCAUGCGGACUGCUCUGUAACUCGGGCUUCGAUGCCAACGUGAGCAUUUUCUCGUGUCUACCACAACCUGGUGAUAUCAUCGCUUUCGACGAACUUAUCCACGCAAGUGUCCAUGAUGGGAUGCGACUUUCUCGAGCUGGUAAACGAAUCAGUUUUCCGCACAACGAUCUUAACCGGCUGGAAGAGAUUUUGAGGCAGUGCUUAGCGGACGAUGCGGAUCUUCAGGCAGGCCGGAAGAACGUCUUCAUUGCUGUCGAGGCUGUGUACAGUAUGGACGGCGAUGUGGCACCUCUAGCCGAAAUCGUGGCCAUGCUGUCGGCACUGCUUCCGCUCGGCGUCGGUCACCUCAUUGUUGACGAGGCGCAUUCUACCGGAAUAUUCGGCAGUCAAGGACGGGGUCUCGUCUGUGAGCUCGGGCUCGAAGACAAAGUCACCGUCCGAUUGCACACCUUUGGGAAAGCGAUGGCCUGCGGUGGCGCAAUCCUCCUUUGCAGUCCCACGCUCCGACACUACUUUCUCAACUUCGCCAGGCCGCUGAUAUACACCACUUUCAUGCCGUAUCCAUCGCUGGCCGCGAUACAUGCAUCCUACUCUUUGCUUCAAGACGGGCACGCGGAGCCGCUCGUCGCCCAUCUCCAAAUGCUGAUUGCAUACCUCCAAGACUCUUUGAUCCAACUGGUGGCUUCAUUACGGCUACCACCUGAGAUGCGACACUUGCUCCGAGUACCACGGACACGCUCAACAUCGGCGAUUUCCUACGUCAUGUCUUCACAGCCGAAGACGUUGGCAGCAUACUGUCGCAGCAAAGGAUACGUGGUCCGAGCCAUCGUGCCUCCGACAGUACCGGCCGGCACCGAGCGUUUGAGAAUCUGCCUUCACGCGGGAAAUACAGUAGAGCAAAUAGACGGCUUCUUGCGUGCAAUACAUAGCUGGAUUGAUGAGCAGCGGAGGGAGGCAGAGCCGGAGUAUGUAAAAGCGAGAAUGUAG